AUGUCCAAUUUGAGGGUUUUAAUCGUGGGCGCAUCUAUUGCUGGGCCAACAGCUGCAUACUGGUUUGCCAAAACGGGGGCAAAAGUCACAGUCAUAGAAAGAUUUCCGCAAAUGCGAAUCGGCGGACAAAACGUUGACAUUCGGACAGCUGGUGUCUCAGUAAUGAGAAAAAUGCCCGGGAUGGAGGAAGCCGUGCGAGCCAACAUCGUGCCUAUUGAAGGCAUCAGCCUGGUGCGUGAGAACGGCCAGCCUUACGGAACCAUGACUGCUACCGGAGACCCUGAUCAACAGUCGCUUGUGUCGGAGUAUGAGAUUCUGCGCGGUGAUCUGGCAAGCAUUCUCUACGACUUGACCAAGAACCACGAGAAUGUCAAUUACGUCUUCGGCGAGCAAAUUGCCUCUAUGCAACAAGAUGAAAACAACGACGAAUCUGUGACGGUUGAGUUCAUGAAUGGAACUCCCUCCUCGCGGUAUGAUCUCGUCGUCGCUUGUGACGGGGCCACGUCCCGAACUCGAGCGAUUGGACUAGGGUGUAGCGUGCGAGAUUAUAUUCAACCGGUGAAUGCUUGGACAGCGUUCUUCUCCAUGAAAAAGGACCUUCUUGACGGGCGCCAGAUAGGCGAGGGAUACAGCACCAUUGGUGGCCGCACCAUCUUCAUUGGACCCGAUGCGACUGGUGGCAAUCGCGUCGCGCUGAUGGGAAUCCGCCCUCACAACGAUCAAGACUCCAUCCGCCACUUUCGCAAAGCAAGCAAGCUUGGAAACGAGGAACUGAAGGGAUUCCUUGCUGAACACUACAAAGGUGCCGGCUGGAAAAGCGACGAGGUCAUCCAGGGUAUGAUGGAAGCAGACGACUUCUAUGGUAGUGAAAUGGUCCAAGUGAAGAUACCAACUUUAUACAAAGGACGAUUUGCAUUAGUAGGCGAUGCAGGCUACGCAACUGGCCCCACAGGCACGGGUACUAGUCUAGCGAUGGCUGGCGCCUACAUAUUGGCCGGCGAGAUCGGAAAGCAUCGCGGUGAAGUCGCUGCCGGGUUAAAGGGGUAUGAAGAACAGAUGCGUCCUCUGAUCAACGAGAUGCAGCGGAUUCCACCCCUUAUCCCGAUGAUUAUUGGCCCUCAGACAGCCUGGGGGAUCUGGUUGCGAAAUGCCAUCUUCGCGUUUAUUUGUUGGAGCAGAAUUCCGUCGCUCUUUCAGAGGUUUUUUGGGGGCGCUUCUGCACACUCGGAUGAUUAUAAAGUGCCAGAAUACCAAUGGGCAGCUUAA